AUGGUUUCCACAUUUUCUAUUGAUGUUGACUCAUUUUCCGAUUCAGCUGUCUAUGGCAUGUGGAAUUGGGGAUGGACGUUCCAGGACGUGAAGAUCGACAACUGUCAAAUCGGCUUUGACCUGAAGACCGGUGGAACGUCCCAGGAGAACCAGACUGUGGGCGCAGAGGCGAUUAUCGAUGCGUAUGUUAGCAACACCGGAGUCUUUGUACGCUCCUCUACAGCAACAAAUUCUCUCGCGGGUUCUCUGGUGUUGAACAACGUGCACCUCAAGAAUGUGCCUGUUGCCGUGGGUAUCCUUGGCGGAGACGUCGUCCUCCCUGGCGGGUCCAUGAAGAUCGAUAACUGGCUGCAAGGCAACGUGUAUUCGGGGACCAGCGCAAGGCAUGCCUUCGUGAAGGGGCACAUGCCUACGCCUCCAAAAGCAGGAAGUCUGAUUGACGAAACUGGAAAGAUUGUGGGAAGAAUGCACCCACAGUACGAAGACUACGCAGUUGAUCAGUUCGUCAGCGUGAAGACCCUUGGUGCUAGGGGCGACGGGCGCACAGAUGACACGGCUGUCCUUCAAUCUAUCUUCAACAAGUAUGCUGGAAAGAAAAUUAUUUUCCUUGAUCACGGCGUAUACUACAUCACCAGCACAUUGACUAUCCCUGCGGGUACGCAGAUGGUCGGCGAGGCGUGGAGUGUCAUCAUCGGCGGUGGUCCUGCCUUCGACAAUCCGAACAUUCCCACCGUGAUGGUCCGUGUCGGCGAACCGGGAUCUGAAGGGAUAAUGGAGAUCUCAGACAUUUUAUUUGUCACCCGGGGUCCAGCUCCCGGUGCGAUCGUUGUAGAAUGGAACAUUCACUCGUCUGUACCAGCUGGUGCCGGCAUGUGGGACAGUCACAUUCGUUUGGCCGGGGCGGCCGGUACAAAUCUGGAGCGAGCCCAAUGUCCUGUGAAGCCCGAAUCAAAUGCGUGCUUUGCGGCGUUCCUCGCUAUGCGUCUGACAAGACAAUCAAAUGCUUACCUAGAAGGAACUUGGGUGUGGCUUGCGGAUCACGAUCUUGAUGGCGAUGGAAAGUCACAAAUAACUGUCUUCAGCGGACGAGGCAUACUUUCAGAAUCAUUAGGUCCAGUGUGGAUGAUCGGUACAGGUCGGUCCUGCUUUAUUUGA